CUGUCUAAUGCUACUUGGAGACAGAAAGCGGCGGUGGAGGGUGGUGUGACGGCGGGUGGCCGUCUACCUCCAGGCGCUCCAAGCACUUUGGAGGAUCUCGAGUCGCGGCAGCGGCAGCGAAGGAGCUCCCCGGCCAGAGGACCUUGUCCAGCGCCUGAAUCCUGGCACAGGUGGAGGGAGGGUGCUGUGCGCGCGCGCCGGCAUCCCCAGUGCGUGGGUGUGUGUGGGGGUGGGGGGGGAGGGAUUGCUCUAUCUAUCUGUGUGGGCGCGCGCGAAUCCCCAGUAUGUGCAGAGCGCUGUGCCCGCGCGCACCCGUUUCCUCGGUGCGCCUGUGCCUGCGCGUGUACGCCGUGCACCCCGGGGCAGCGGCCAGCGUGGGGCAGGGAUUUUGGGAAGCGGAGCGGAGCGGGCCCUGCGAGGGGCCCCUGAGGGGCAGCUCCCGCCGCUUUAAGGCGUCCCUGGUCUGGCCGUCUGUGGCGCUCUGAGGGACCGGGAGGGGCGAGCUUGGGCCUCGGCUUUCCCCCGGAUUAGAGGCCGGUCGCCGCCCCCUUCCCGGGCUCCCCACGCGCUUUUGUUUCCCGGCCCCCGGCCCCACCUCCCCCGGCCCCUCCCAUUGGCCAGGCCGGGCCGCGGCGCUCAGGAUUGGCUGGCCCGAAGCUUUAAGUGUCGAGCCCGGCGGCCGAGAGCCGCUAGUCCGGGAGAGGCGAAGAGCGUCUCUACGCAGCGAGUCGACGGCGGAGUCUGCCAGGCGGCGGCAAGGCGGCUCCCAGGCGGCUAGCCGAGCCGGUGAUCGCUCCAGCGGGCGCUUAGCCCCUCGUCCCGUCCCCUCUGUCCCCGCGCUGCUGCCCCUGCGCGGCCAUGUCGUCGGUGGCGCUGGAGAUCCUGGGGCUGGGGCUGGGCAUCGUGGGCUGGGUGGGCAUCAUCGUGGCGUGCGGGCUGCCCAUGUGGCAGGUGUCGGCCUUCCUGGAAAGCAACAUCGUGACGGCGCAGACCAUCUGGCAGGGGCUGUGGAUGACUUGCGUGGUGCAGAGCACGGGCCAGAUGCAGUGCAAGGUCUACGACUCGGUGCUGGCGCUCAAGGCCGAGGUGCAGGCGGGCCGCGCGCUCACCGUGCUCGUGGCGCUGCUCGGCCUGGCCGCGCUGCUGGUGAGCGUGGCCGGCGCGCAGUGCACCACGUGCGUGGCGCCCGGCAAGGCCAAGGCGCGGGUGGCGGCGGCGGGUGGCUCGCUCUAUGUGCUCUGUGGCCUGCUGGCGCUCGUGCCGCUCUGCUGGUACGUCAACAUCGUCAUCAGCGACUUCCACAGCCCGGCUGUGCCCACGUCGCAGAAGCGCGAGAUGGGCUCGGCGCUGUACAUCGGCUGGGCGGCCGCAGCGCUGCUUCUGCUCGGCGGCGGCCUGCUCUGCUGCGGCGCCUGCGCGGCCGCCGCCCGCGACGACCUCCCGUUCCCCGUCAAGUACUCAGCCCCGCGCCGGCCCACGGCCACUGGCGAGUACGACAAGAAGAAUUACGUGUGAACGCGGGGCACCGGCAGCCGGCACGGAGCGGACGCUGUUCUCCACGCUCCGGCGGGCACGGAGGGGGAGCAGAGGGAGGCAAGGCGCGCCCCCCGACCUCUCCCCCCGCCCCGCCCCUGCUUUUCUGCGACCUAACUGCGCUUUGGCAUCCGCGACGGAACCGAGGGCGUCACUCUCAGGACCCUCCAGACGUUCCCGCGCGGGUCGUAGAGCCCAAUGGCUGGAGUCUGGGGGCAGCGGUUCUGCCGCAAGCUUUGCGGGACUCGGUGCCUCCGGUCUGCAGAGGCUCUCUAGGGCCGGCUCCUCGGACGUCUGCUUAGGCACCUCCCUGCAGCCUGCUCGGGGCUAGAUGGAAGCCCGCGGCCCGUCUUCCUUCCUCUCGUGCGCCCCCCCUCCGGGGAGGAAGCCUAAACCCUCUUGGCAGCCCCCCGCCCCUUCUUUCCCAAGGGUCUGCGCUAACUCUGAGACGCUCAUUGCCUCGCACUGCCGAGCGGACCCAGGCUCCUGGGCGCAGGGGGGCGCCGGGCUGGAAUGGACCGGCGCCCCCUCCGCCCCUUGCCGCGGUGGGCGGUGGGGCCUCCCUUCCCAGACCUGAGGGCUGCUGCCCGGGAGGGGCGGGGCGGGGCCGGGCAAGCCGCUUCUUCCUCCAUCCCGCACGGAGCGGCAGCUGUACCUUUGCGCGCUCAGUAAAACGUUUCUCCGUUC